CGAAGAAGGAAACCGUGCCCAUUCACUACUCUGAACACGUUAGAAGCAGCUGCUCAGGCUUUUCCAUCUCUUUUGGACAGAGCCACGGAGUCAACAUGCUGAUUCGAGAAUACCGAAUUGUCCUGCCCGUUUCAGUGGAUGAGUAUCAAGUGGGCCAGCUGUAUACUGUAGCAGAAGCCAGCAAGAAUGAGACCGGUGGAGGAGAGGGUGUAGAAGUGUUGCACAAUCUUCCCUAUGAGAAAGAUGAUGGAGAGAAGGGACAGUUUACCCACAAGAUCUACCACAUAAAGAGUAAAAUGCCACGCUUUGUGCAAGUACUUGCACCAAAAGGUUCUCUUGAGAUUCAUGAAAAGGCCUGGAAUGCAUAUCCGUACUGCAGAACCAUUAUCAGUAAUUCAUACAUGAACGAAAGAUUCGAAAUUAAGGUUGAGACAUGGCACAAGCCGGACAUGGGAGAACAAGAGAAUGUACAUGGACUCAACAAAAGUGAUUGGGAAAAAACUGAAGUUGUCAACAUUGAUAUUGCUGAUAGAAAAGGUAUAUCUGACAAGGACUACAAAGAGGAUCAGGAUCCAGCCAAGUUUAAGUCAGAAAAAACGGGAAGAGGGCCACUUGGUCCUGACUGGAAGAAAGAACUUCUUAACAAUCCUAGCUGCCCACAUAUGUGUGCCUAUAAACUAGUCACGAUAAAGUUCGGGUGGUUUGGCCUUCAGACAACAGUGGAGAACACCAUUCAAAAGAUUGAGAGGCGUAUCUUCACCCACUUCCACAGACAGUUAUUCUGCUUGAUUGAUAAAUGGAUUGAUCUUUCCAUGGAUGACAUCCGCAAAAUGGAGGACGAGACAAAGAAAGAACUGGAUGAGAUGAGACGUAAUGAUGAAGUCAAAGGCAUGGACAUUGAUGAAUGAGAGGUUGAACCUCUGAUCCAGACUCCACCCAUGACACAGUGGACUAAGAACUUUAACUCAUGCUCCAAGAAUCCUACAGUUCUGCAAUUUUAAAGGGUUGGGAUUAUUUAUGGAUCAAAAUACAAAAAAGGAAGCAUCACUAGACAUGUUUGCAAGGUGCUUCAAACUUCCAAAUUGAGCCUCUUGCUUAAACCUCGACACGUGGCAAUAAUUUUUGGUUAUCUUAUGUCAGUGAUUUCGCCUGUCUGAGUUGCACUGCAUUUGUGGAUUAUCAUUUCAUUGUUGGUUUGUCUACAAAACAUAAAGUUGACAAACUUUUAAGAAUUUCUCUUUUUAAUGCAAUGAAGCAUAUGUUGCUGAUGAGACUUCCUUCCUGUUACUGUUUUGUGCUCAUAGACAAUCCUGUGUUCAACUGGUUCUGGUGUUUCUGGUUUCUGCGGUGGAUGGGUUUCACUAAAGGUCCAUGAUUUUGUGAAUUUCCAUUUUAAAAGGGUUAUUCUGAGAAUGAUGGAAAUACUGAUUACUGUAGUGGCUGGUUGAGUUUACUGUUUUCUAAUUUUUUUUUUUUUUUUUUUGGAGCAGGUUCUACUGUUAGUCGUUGUACUGACACCUUUGCCAGUCAUUUGGUAUCCUAAUUUCUUAGAUUAAACUAUACUGAUUUUAUUGUAAUGCACUGGGGUGUCUACGUUCAAGAGUACAUUAAAUCCACACUUUUCUCAUUUCUUCUCAAGCUGUUUUUGUCAUGGUCCUGCCGGUCCCCGACACAGCACACACCAACAGCUAUCAGAGAGGCGCACACCUGCGCCUCGUUCCCCGCAAUUAGGACAGAUACAAAUAGGAUUCCUCGUACGGUCUGACCUUUGCCAGAUCGUUGCCUCGUUCCCGCACUCUUGUGAUUCCGUUCCUGAUUUCCCGUGUAGCGACCCCUGCCUGCCCACUGACCUGCUUCCUACGCCUAACGACCUUGUCACUACUGCUCUCGUUGACUGCCUGCCUCAUCCCCGACACUGGACUGAAUGAAAACACUUCCAGAACUGCCUCUACGUCUCCAGGGUCGUGCAUUUGGGUCCAACCCCGUGUUCUGGUCGUGACAGAACGAUCUGGCCAUAACAUGGACCCACCUGACUUUUUUAUUGCCGAGCAGGCUGCUGAGACUGAGCCCAUGCAAGUUGAGGGGGUCCUUUGAAAAGUUAAAAUGGUCCUCAGAUACGCUUGGGGAAUGUGUAAUUCUGAUGAAAGAUAUCUGGCUAGGUUACAAGGCCCGGUUUAUUCUUUUUCCAAAGCCUAAACCACAGUUGACGAAUUGUCUACGAUGAAUUAAGUCUCGCGGAAGAGCGCACGUACAACUAAGUGUGGACAAUAUCAACAAACACAAGGCUGUAUGUUUGAAGGUAAGGGAGUAGUAACUUCUCUGAGUUUUAUUGAAUUAUGAUCAGUGCUUUAUACAUUGCAGGCGAACAACUUUCACUUUGUUACUGUAUCACUGACCUGUUGAAUGAAGUAAUGUUUUAUGCCGAAGAGUCUGGUUAGUGAUACUAAAUGCGCGAUGUCAUACAAGAGAAAUGUCCAUUUGCCUAUUUGAAUCACAUCGGACAUGCAAGACAGAGCACUGGUUUCCAUUAUGAGCCAAGUCAAAUGAAUACACCCACUCGCCUAUAAAGGCUACAAUGAUAUCACUUCUGAUCUUUCCAAGUAAAAAG